AUGAAGCUGGUCUCAGUUAUACACCGCAAGGACCCCGCCGAAAUCCCAUGGGGAGCUGAUGGAGCUGAAUACAUCGUUGAAAUACAAUGGUGUUUUUAUCACGGUCACGCGAUAAGGCUAAGUCAGUACUUGAAGGGUGGCGCCAAGAAGGUAAGCGUCAUGUACCACUGUCUAGCUCUUUGGCAAGGUCAUCAUGAUAACUUUGGAAUCAUCGAAGGAUUAAUGACCACUGUACAUGCAACCACAGCUACACAGAAGACUGUCGACGGACCGUCUGGAAAGUUGUGGCGUGAUGGACGUGGUGCUGCUCAGAAUAUCAUUCCAGCCUCUACUGGCGCUGCUAAAGCUGUCGGUAAGGUAAUCAAAUCUGCUGCGGAAGGUGGAAUGAAGGGCAUUUUGGGCUACACUGAGGACCAAGUAGUGUCAACUGACUUCUUGUCCGACACUCACUCCUCGAUCUUCGACGCCGGAGCGUGCAUCUCUCUUAACCCACAUUUCGUCAAGCUCAUUUCAUGUAUGACAAGAGUACGGAAUAUUCGCGUGUCGUCGAUCUUAAUCACUCUACAUUGCCGGUAA